AUGGCGGAUCUGGCCAAGACCUUGACUGAGGGCAGCCACAUGGACGACGCGUCGACUGUGGCUCCUUUGGAUGACGACGUUGCCGAAGAUUAUGAGAUCGACGACCACUUCAUCUCGAAUAUGAACUUCUUCCAGGUGCGCACCUGCAACGUUUGUCGGCACUCUUCUACGGAACUCAACCCGCUCACCGCAGGUCCAUACCGGCGAUCCCUCACGCACCCCACCUGGCCGUGGCUCCACGGCACGCCGUCGGCUCCGCGCGGCUUCGCCUGCCGCCUGUGCCACUUCACGCGCGAGCUCGGCGGGUUCCAAGAGGAACAUGGCACAAUGACGAACGUCGUCACGAACGCCAAGAACACCAAGGAGUACCCGACCUUGCUCGACGAGUUCAUGGGUGCACAGGACGAGCUCGUCAAGCAGGUGAACGCGGGGAAGAUCUCUCAGAAGCUCCGCGGGGCGAAGAAGGCGGACGCAAAGGCGAAUCUGGGCAACGCCAGGAAGAAGGUCAUAAGCUUGAUUCAAACCGAGGGCGUGCGCUCGAAGCUGAAGUUCAAGGCGUGGCCAUUGGAUGAGUGGAAGAAAAGCAAUGCUGGCAGGGACCCUCACGACGAAGGCCACUUGGUGAAGAAGAUCCCCUACCCCGGCAAGGGCGUCAUCUGGUGCGUGCUGCUGAGGAAGGGGGAGGACAAUGCAGCUGACGUCGAGAUCGAGUCCUCCAUGUUGGCCGAGGCUCGAGAGGAGGUUGACGACGGGAACAACAGGCUCAGGCAGGGCCAAGAGAUGGCUAAGUUCAAGGCUAUGCAGUCGGCGCUGAUCGGCGACGCCGCAGGUGACCAAGGGAAGGCAAAGGCGUACAAGCCUUCCCCCAGCGAGCGAAGUCCGGCGCAGGAGUGGGGUGAGGGGGGGGCCAUCACUGUCGACGAGAGCCAGCCGAUGGACGGUGAUGACGAGGAGGAGGACGACGAGGAGCCCGAGGACGCGGUCAUGAAUGCCCUCCAGGACUCGCUGCUGGGCGACUUCCUCAAGGAAGGCGACGUGGCGGCGGGCAGGCCGAGUAAGCCGCCUGGAGGUCAGGGGCGCGGCUCCUCAAGCAAGGGUGCGGCCGCCAAGAGCAAGGCAAAGUCUAAGGCAAAGCAAAAGGCCCAGCCGAUGAUGGACUCGACGCCCGACUCCUGCAAGCGGCCUCCCACGGACACUGGCCCCUCCAGCGCAUCUGGUGACAAGAGGCAGCGUGGAGCCCUCCGUGCCCCGCAGGUCGUCAUGUCGGUGGACGAGAUUCUCACCGGCGAGGGCUUCGACGAGAUCGAGGCCAAGGUGAAGAACACGUUCGAGCUUUUGCGCAGUGACGAGUUCGGCCACAUCUUCAUGAACGCGGAGCAGACGAAGGCGAUGGUGGCCAAGAGUGUCGAGCUGGGUAAGACGUUGACGACCGCGGCGAAGGAGAUCAACGACAUUGACGGCAAAUUGAACAAGCGAUCGACCACGCCGCGUGAGUGUCUGGAAAAGCUCCGCCGGCGCCGCACUACCAUUCGGAAGGUCAUCGGCGUCCUGUCAGACAUGGGCAAGCGGGAUAAGGACGUGACCAGGCUGAAGGCUUCUAUCGAGGAGACUCAGGACGAAGUUGUAUGGGGCGAUGGCCUUACCGCCAUUCUCGUGAAGGAGAACCUGUGCGAGCUCGCUCGCUUCGCUAAGGUGGAGCAGAUGAGGGCUGAAUACGUCAAGCUAUCCGAGGGCGUGCAGUUCUGGGGGCGCUACGAGACGGCCGCCAUCAACUCUUUCGCUGCCGACGUGGUCGAGGAGAGCAUGCAGAGGGUCGCCUCGACGUUUGGUCGUGCACAGCGGGGGGCGGCAUCUGCACCCGAGCCCCCCGUCUCAUCAUUCUUCAAGAUGUGCUCGGUGAUGGAGGCGAUUCAGAACAUACCGAAUCUCUUGGAGUCGAAGGCUUCGGAGGACGCGGGCACUCUUCACAAAUCCUUCAGAAUCUUUCAUGAUAACGCGGCCCCUGAGGACGUAGCUAACACAGUAGUCGCUCUCGCCACGCUUGAUACGCUCAAGACCUCGGACAGCUACAUCGGGAUGAUCAAGACCUUCCUCAUCAGCCGUCAAUGGAGUAUUGCUCGAAGUGCAAUCCAGUCCAAGAUCGAUACUUACAUGGAGAAGGAGAAGAAGGUUGCCCCUUACCAGACACUCUGGAAGGCCUUCGAUGAUGCCAUCAGGGACCCCGUCUGCGAGGCCAAGUUCUCGGCUCUGAAGGAAGGGAUCGAGAGCGUCAUGAAGUUGGCAAACGACGCGGACGCCUGCGAUACGACGGUUGCGAACUUCAUGAAAGCAAUCAAGAGGAUCUCCGAGGUCGUCCAGACUCAGGCUCCCAAGAUGCUGGAGACCCUCGCUGAGGGUCUUGGCGAGGCGUUGUCAGUUCCGAAGGCCGACCGCGAGGAGGGCGAGGUACCGGAGCGCUUGGGGAAGGCAUGCUCCACAAUCUCAGGGCUCUCGCACGGCUUGAACAUGAUCCAAUUCAGGGCCAGCGUGAAGAUCGAGACCAUGAGCCCUGCGAUGGCGAAGAUCAAGGACGUGACUGUGCACGUAGACGACUUCGACAAGGCGUUAUCUUCCAUUCAGCGGACCUCGCUCGUCGGAGACAAGAUCCAAAAGAUCUGGAAAGCGUAUUCUGACUCCGCAGGCUUGGACAUGGAUGACAAGAUCCUGUCGGGCCUCAUCGACGACUUUGCCAAGCUGCGGGAGUUGGACGAGCACGUUGGCACGAACUCGUCCCUUCAGACCCGCGUGAAGUCUUUCACGGAUGACUACUCGUUGAAGGAGAGGGUCCGCCCUCGAUUGGACAUCGCCUACAAGGGCCUGCAGGACGGCGAGGGGGAGGAGGACCGCUUGAAGCUUGCUUACCAGGCUGUGGCGGAGCCCGCUGCCGUUGCCGAUAUCCUUUCGGAUUGGGAGAAAAUGCAUUUCUCGCUCAGUCGGCUCUUCAUCUGGGGCGCCAACCUGAACUUGUCGGACAAUCUGGAGGUUCUCGUAAAGCUGAUGUCGGCCAUGAAGACCCUACUCGAGAACUGGUCGACCUUCGCCAGCGCCAAGGAUAAGAUCGCCGGUAGUGCAGAAGAUGGCACCCCAAAGCCCUUGCCCCCAGAGUUCGCCAAGAUUGUGAAGGCAAUGAGGGAUCUGAAAGAGAACCCGAAACUUCUCGAAAAGGUCGCGGUCAUGUGCAUGGAGCUCCAGACGGGGACGGACUUCGCCAAGAAUAUCACGAUGCACAUGUACGAGGUGACGGAGGUCAUGGAUAACGUGCGCAAGCAGGUGAGCGCGAAGACCGCAGAUGCCAAGAAGAAACUCGACACUGCGACGGGAGCUUUCACCAUCGAGUCCGAUGCCAAGGCAGCGGAGCAGUUGAAGAGAGCGGCAGAGGCAGCUAUGAGUCAGAUCCGUCAUUGCGAGGAGGUGCUGACAAGCGCGGGCAUCCCGGUUGCUGACGACCCCAACGUCAAGAGCUGCCAUGACCAGAAGGAGAUAGCGCAUGGCAUGUCCGUGGCUUGGGGGCUCUAUUCGUUGAUGAAGGCGCCGAACACCAGGGGCCCAGUCAAGGGCGUUAAGUCUCGCAAGACCAUGGAGCAGAUCUUCAACACCCAGGUGAGGCCGCACAUCUCGGCGGACGGCCAGUGCCGCAUCAAGUGGAUCGACAAGAAGAUGCUGGAGGACGUCAAAGGGGUUCUUGCCAUCAAGGAACCAGCCACUGACGGGACUACCACCGGGGAGUCUGGCGGCGGCAAGCGCGGCCGCAAGGAUGGAGCCGCCGCGCCUGCCGCUAAGAAGGCCAAGGCAGCGUAG